UCGCUUCAGUUCCUUCUCCGUGUUUACUGCGUGACCUUCGGAAGAUGGAUUUUUACCGGAAACUGCCUAAAAUAGAGUUACAUGCCCAUCUGAAUGGAUCUCUGAGUAAUGCAACUUUGACCGAACUGCGCGAGCUCAAAUAUGGAAAGGAUGUGCAACCCGGCACCGACGACGGGUUCUACAAGAUCCUGAACGGGGAAACUCUUUCCCUGGAGGAAUGCUUUAAAAAGUUUCAUUACGCGCAUGAUUUGACCGAUCGCCAGGAGACAUUGGCGAAGGCAACCGAGCGAGUAAUCGACGAGUUCGCCAAGGACAAUGUGAUCUAUUUGGAAUUAAGGACUACCCCGAAAGCGACAGGCCAUAUGUCGAAGCGUGAAUAUCUUUCGACGGUGUUGGAUGUAAUGCGAAAUUCAGUGGAACUUUAUCCGCAAAUGAUUGUGAAAUUGUUACCAUCCAUCGACCGUUCAAAAGGCAUCAUCGAAGCAGAUGAAAGCGUUGAGUUGGCGAUCGAGCUGAAUGCGUUCUAUCCGGGAUUGAUGGCUGGUUUCGAUCUGAGUGGUAAUCCGUUCGGUACCAAGUUUGCGGAGUUUGUACCACCGCUGCAGAAGGCGCGCAAGCAUGGUUUCCGCAUGGCAUUGCACUGCGGCGAGUUCGAGGAUGCACAGGAGGUGAAGGAAAUGCUCGACUUCGGUGUGGAUCGUAUCGGCCAUGGUACAUUUAUCGAGGGCGAUCAUUUGGAGUUUGCUAGGAAAAAUAAUAUACCGUUCGAGUGUUGUCUUACGAGCAACGUGAAAUGCAAAACAGUGCCAUCGUAUGAGGAGCAUCACUUCUACAAGUUAAUGAAAAUGAAACAACCGGUAUGCGUAUGCACCGACGACUUUGGUGUAUUUGAAACGAGCCUUUCGCAAGAAUUAGAAAUAUGUGCCAAAACUUUUAACCUUUCCAAUGAAGAAAUUUUCGAACUACAGCUCAAAACGGUCGAGUACACGUUUGCCAGCGAUCAAGAGAAAAAUAAGAUGCGUGAAGUGCUUAAACAAUUCAAAGAAUCGUCGAAGAACAAUGGAUAAUGUAUAAGAAAUGUAUUGCCAUGCAAAUUGUCAAAUGCAUUUCUUAAAGAAUUUUAAAAGCACUGAAAAUUGAAAAGAAUCAUCAUCUGUGCUGUUCGCUCCGAUUCAGUUCCAGUUUAAAUAAAUCCAAUUUCCCAUCUCUAUGGUAAAUGUCA